AUGGUAGAUUUUGCCCUGACUUCGGAUACUACUUCUACUCCUCUGGCAGUAAUUAAAGAGCAUAUCUAUGCCAGCGACUUUCCGGUAGAUUUAUCUAUUAACCAAACCACAUACAACCCGCUGACUCUGCGGCCUAUUGGUGUAAGCGUCGAGACCAAGGCUUCUGCUGCGGGAGCCGAACAAGGCCGCAUUCAACUUGCUUUAUGGACCAUUGCAUGGUACAAGAGAGUCCAGGCAUGGGUGGAUAGCUGCGCCGAUGAUAUUUGUCUUCCUGACGCCAUGCCAGUUAUCUUGGUUACUGAGCAUGCAUGGAACUUGGCGUUCAUCUGCAAUAGGGGUGGCGAGGCAUUUGAACUGGUAUAUGAAAUCUCGAUUGGGAGCACUUCGAAGCUGCGUGAUUUAUACAAACUUCUGGCUGUAUUGCGCAUUUUGGGUCACUGGAUAGAUACUGAUCUCAGACAAUGGUUCGAGCGGUUGUUCGAGUAUGUAGAUAGGCGCGCAGGUCUGUCCAGACGGUUUAACCAGUUUGCAUUAAAAGAAGAUAACCGCACUUAUGCGGCGAAUUGUAUUCUGUUGGAAAGAUCGUCAGCGCCAAUCGGAAUAUUACAUCAAUUACCGGCCUCGUUGGCUUGGGUUAACUUUUGCGAGCUCGCCCUGAACAUUAAAUUUUCCGAUUUAUCGGAGCCGCCAGAAAUCGUUUGCAAGCCUCAGAAUUCCGGAGACAACUUAUGUUAA